AUCCGCCUUCCGUCUCUCACCUCCCCACCACGCCGCCGCCGCCGCCGCCGCCCAUCUCCAUCACCCGGGUCCGGCAAUGCCAGCCGCCGCGCCAUAGGUCACCGCGCGAUGCCCCCGCCCGCGCCCACGGCGCUCCCCCGUCUCCUCGCGGCCAUCUCCGCCGCCGCCUCCUCGCCCGCCGACCUCCGCCGCCUCUCCCACCUCCUCCUCUCCCCCUCCGCGCCACCGCCCCCCAUCCGGUGCCUCAACACCCUCCUCAUGGCGCUCGCCCGCCACCGCAUGCUCCCGGACAUGGAGUCGCUCGCCGCCCGCAUGCCCGCCCGCAACCUCCGCACCUACACCACCCUCAUCAACGCCUACUGCCUCGCCGGCGACCUCCCCGCCGCCAAGCGCCACCUGUCCUCGCUCCUGCGCGCCGGUCUCGCACCGGACUCCCACGCCUACACGUCUUUCGUCCUCGGGUACUGCCGCGCGGGGCUGCUCGCGCACGCCUGCCGGGUGUUCGUGCUAAUGCCACUACGGGGGUGCGCGCGCACCGCGUUCACGUACACGGCCUUGCUCCAGGGGCUGUGUAGCGCUGGGAUGGUGCGUGAGGCUAUGGCAGUCUUCGCUGGGAUGCGGCCUGACGGUUGCGACCCUGAUCAGCAUGUGUACAGCACGUUGGUGCACGGGUUGUGUGGGGCAGGACGAACUGGAGAAGCGGAUGCGCUGCUCACAGAGGCAAUGGGGGAGGGAUUUGUGCCGAAUGUUGUUGUUUACAAUGCUUUGAUCGAUGGCUACUGCAGUGCUGGUGAUUUGGAGCUUGCAGUUGGUGUCUUUGAGGGGAUGCAGAGUAAAGGGUGCUCGCCGAAUAUCCGCACAUAUACUGAGCUGAUAUGUGGGUUCUGCAAGUCUGGGAAAGUAGAGAGGGCCAUGGUGCUAUACAAUCGGAUGGUUGAGGCAGGUUUAGCUGCAAAUGUGGUGACAUACACAGCCUUAAUCCAGGGGCAGUGCAACGAGGGGCACUUGGAAUGUGCUUUUAGGCUUCUUCACUUGAUGGAAGCUAGUGGGCUGGUCCCUAAUGAGUGGACUUGCUCAGUGUUGAUUGAUGCUUUGUGCAAACGUGGGAGAAUUGAGGAAGCUCAGCAAUUUCUCGGGUCUCUUGUUCAGAAGGGAAUUAAUGUGAAUCAGGUUGUCCACACCAGCAUGAUAGAUGCAUUGUGCAAGGCGGGAAAGUUUGAUGCUGCUCAUAAGCUGAUGCAGAAAAUCGCCACUGAGGGGUUUGUGCCAGAUGCCCAUGUGUACAGUUCACUUAUUGAUGGGCUAUGCAGAGAAAACAAGCUGUCGGAAGCAAUGUUGCUGUUGGAUGAUAUGAUGGAGAAUGGAGUACAAGCAAAUGCUGUCACAUAUACCAUUCUAAUUGAUAAGUUACUUAGGGAGUUUGGGUCUGAAGGUCCAAAGAAAAUAUUUGAUAGGAUGGUUGUAGCAGGUAUAAAGCCUGAUGUUUUCACUUAUACAGUAUUUAUACGCUCCUAUUGUCAAGAGGGAAGGAUGGAAGAUGCUGAAUCCAUGAUGAUUCAGAUGAUUGAUCAUGGUGUUUGCCCUAAUUUAGUCACAUAUAACACAUUGAUUAAAGGGUAUGCAAAUCUUGGACAAGUCAAUCAGGCAUUUUCAUCUUAUAAGAGCAUGGUUGAUAAUGGAUGCAAGCCAAAUGAGGAGUCUUACACAGUUCUUCUUGAACUGCUGCUAAAGAAAAAUUCCUCUGGUGAUAUAGUUGCCAACUUUGUUAAUGUAUGGAAAAUAGCUGACAUGAAAGUUCUCAAUGGACUUUUGGAGGAGUUGAUUAAGCUUCAGUCCACCCCAGCCAGCUAUAUCUACGAUUGUUUUAUUAGAUGUUUGUGCAGAUUUGACAGAUUGGAGGAAGUAAAAAGUUUUCUCACAGGGAUGCAGAGUGCUAACUUGACCCCAAGUGAGGAUGUAUAUACUUGUAUUAUAGAAUGUUGCUGCAGACUGAAAUUGCUAAAAGAAGCAUUAGGAUUUCUUGAUACAAUGGCCAAAAAUGGCUAUUUACCACAUUUAGAAUCUUAUAGGUUUAUUAUUUGUGCUCUUUGUGAGGAGGGAAGCUUUCAUACUGCUAAAAGCAUUUUUGGUGACAUACUAUCAAAGGAAUACAACUGUGAUGAGAUUGUUUGGAAGAUUCUGAUUGAUGGUUUAUUACAAAAGGGAAACACUGCUGACUGCUCUACUCUGCUAUCGUUCAUGGAGGAACAGAAUUGCCGUCCUAGUGCUGCAAUAUAUGCUAGGCUUACAGGUGAAAUAACAGUUGCGAGUGUUCAGGAAAUUGCUACAUAAAUUCAUAUUGACAAACCAACCAACCUUAGUGUUGAUGUUGAUGGGCCCAUGAAUAUAAACAAGAUGGAUGAAUUGAUAGCAUAGAAGACUCUGGCACUAUAGUGCCCCUGUAAUUGUGAGGAAGGAUGUGGCAACACAAACAAGCCCUGAUAUCCCAACGUGAGGCCUUCAUUCUCCUGUUCACUAUCGGCGCAACAAGUAAAAGAGCUGGAGAGUUGUUUCUUUAAGAUUGGGAUCAGGGAUGUGCAUGUGGAUGAUCGGUGACUUUUGACUAGAUGGUCCAAGGAACUCAGUCGAGGCUCUGACAAGAAAACAACAAAUAUUAGAGUGGAAGGAAAACAUUUGGAAUCUAAAUCUUCUGACUGGGAAGUACCAGAAACUGCGAAGUGUAUAUCAAAGAUUGAGGCAGACGAAGCAAAAAUGACCGCAAGGAGGCAUAUGCAGAAAGCAAAAGCAGCAAUUCAAAAGCUUGUGAUAACACUUGAAAAGAAGACCAUACUCGCUGGAGACGAUUUUCAGUACCCUCAAGUCUGGUCCUAGGAAAUGCAGGCGGUAUGCAGUACAUCAACUGCAAUUCAAGAUCAGCAUUUUGCAGUAGUAUCAAAUGGCGCAACACCUCAGCAAGAAUGUUAAAUGUGUUUGUUGAGUGGAUGCUUCACAUGUCGUGCUUUCAAGAGAUGUAGUUCUAUGCUCAAGUACUAUUAUUACUCAAGAUGGUGUAGAGAAAAAACCAGAUCUUGUCAGUAAAAAAUUAGGGCCAGCCAAUUCCCCCCCCCCCCCCCCCCCCCCCCAUCCAAUGGCUAGUCUACAAGACUACAACAGGAUUCACGUUCCGGGCAUUCCUUUAGUGAUGAUUCUACCAGGGGAACAUAAGAAAGCAGAAGAAAAAUAAGAGGAACUACUGUUCUCAUGCAUUACUUGUGAAUUGUGAUUAUUGGUAUCUGACCACAGAAUAAUAAAAGAGUUCCUGUUCUGCUA